CGCUUCCUCUCUCAUCGCUCCAUCUUCACCAUGGCGUUCGAUCUACCCUCUCCUCCAUUCGUGGACGUCCCAGGGACCGCGAACUUUCGAGAUGCAGGCGAUGGGAAGACUUUUAGGAAAGGUCUGGUCUAUAGGUCUGCGGACCCGAGUAAGACGACAGCAGAGGGCAUGCAGCUACUGCGCAACGAUCUGAGCAUAUCCGCAAUCUUCGACCUCCGCUCCCUCCCCGAAAUCCAAAGAGACGGCCCCGAAUGGCAAGGCGCAGACGUCGACGCCGCAGACCCCUUCGCAGAACACAACAUAAAACGCUACUGGACUCCCGUCUUCGCAGCACAAGACUACGGGCCUGAACAAGUCGCCCUCCGCUACAAACAAUACACUCUCGCAGGUAGUGAAGGUUUCGUAAAAGCCUACACAGACAUCCUCCUCGCUGCUCCCGAAGCCUACACGAAAAUCUUUCGACAUUUAGCUGCGCCGGACGCGAAGCCUUGUUUGGUACAUUGUACUGCGGGCAAAGAUCGGACGGGUGUGGUUGUGGCGUUGUUGAAGUUGUUGGUUGGGAUGGAUAGAGAGGUUAUUGCUGAGGAGUAUGCGUUGACGGAUCAGGGGUUGGCGCAUUUGAAGCCGUUGUUUACGGAGAGGCUUUUGAGAAAUCCUGCGUUGCAGGGAAAUCCGGAAGGGGUAGCGAAUAUGACGAGUAGUAAGAAGGAGAAUAUGCUUGCGACGAUAGAUAUGAUAGAGAAAGAGUUUGGCGGGGCGGAGAAAUAUAUGCGGGAGUAUUGUAAGUUGAAUGAUGGAGAGAUAGAGGCGCUGAAGAAGAAUCUUGCAGCACGGUGAUUCGGCAGCAGCUGCUAGAAUUUGAGGUUCUCGUUUCGAUACAUCUGUUGCGGUCUCGCAGAACUCAAGCUAGACAUGCGCCAGCAUCGAUCCUGGUAUGGCUGAGGCGUACUUCAGCUCGGCUGAAACAAGCAUGCCGAGCAUUUUGAUCGCUUGCAUACACCUCGUGGCAUGAUCAGGAAACCCAUACCAGACCAACGAGCAAAAUUUUGCGAAUCGACAAUGGAAUUGUG